AUGCCAAAGUCUGCAAAAGGAGAAAUAUAUAAAAAAAAAUAUACUGAAGAAGAUUUAGAAGCGGCACUCCAAGCGAUUCAAAAUGACUCUGAAAAAAUCGUGGGACAAAACAUCGUAUCCCGUCUUAUUUCUGUGACACCGGAUAAAUCGAAUUGUUUUUAUAAAGCAUUAAAAGAUAUAUACGACCAUUUGAAAGGCAAAGAUAUAGAACAGGAAGACUGUACUAUUUUAAGCGAGUAUUUAGUAAUUGACAAUGAAUUGGUGGCAAUAAAUGACAUAUCGAUCGUAAUUUCAAAUCCCAAUAAUAUUGAAGAAUAUCAUGCAAGGACUAUUGAAACUGAAACUAUAGAGAUUACUGAAACAGAGUCCUAG